AACAGAGAGACUUGAGAAGUCUCUCCCCAAUCAGUUUUCUAUCGAUCGAUCGAUCUGCAGAGGAAGAAUCACAGUGGAAAAGAGCAAAUUUCGUUAUUAACCAGGUAUAGAGAGAACAACUAUUAAGAGAGAGAGAGGCAGAGAAGACGCAGAAAUGUCGUCGUUUGAUACAUUCAGCAACGACGGAGAUGAGGUGGCGAGGAACUCGACUCGUCCCUUCGACGAUGAUGGAUACAUUGGUUAUGAUCCUCGGUUGCCGUCCCAGCGUUACGAAUCUUACUCGAAUUUCGCUGCAGAGGAAGAAGGCAAGGUGGAAGAUGUAAUUGAAGAACCUCCACCUUCAUCUGGUUAUCAUGAUGGUUUCCUUGCUGAAGAAGAGGUUUCAGUUCAUCACGUCUCUCAUUCCAUGGAAGCCAUCCCACCUUCUCCUGAAAUCUACGGCUAUGAAGAUCCAAAUCCUGAUUACUCGUCUUCUCCCUUCUCUGGAAUGCCCCAAUCGAACGGGAAUGGGAAGCCUUACGACAUUGGUGCUGACGAUGAUGGUUUAUUCACAUCUGACGGGCCCAUGCUUCCUCCUCCGGAACAAAUGCAAGAAGAAGGCUCUGCUCUUCGCGAAUGGCGCCGCCAAAAUGCCAUUCAUCUCGAGGAGAAGGAGAAGAGGGAGAAGGAAAUGCGGGCCCAGAUUAUUGAGGAAGCUGAAGAAUAUAAGCGGGCUUUCUAUGAAAAAAGGAUACUUAACUGUGAAACCAACAAAGCUAAUAAUAGAGAAAGAGAGAAGCUUUACUUGGCUAAUCAAGAGAAGUUCCACAAAGAAGCAGACAAGCAGUACUGGAAAGCAAUAGCAGAGCUCAUCCCUCACGAGGUCCCCAAUAUUGAGAAAAGGAGAGGAAAGAAAGAUCAAGAAAAGAAACCAUCAAUUGUGGUCAUCCAAGGUCCAAAGCCUGGGAAACCCACUGAUCUUUCAAGGAUGCGGCAGAUACUCCUGAAGCUGAAGCACACACCUCCACCUCACAUGAUACCUCCCCCACCUGCACCUGCGAAGGAUGGUAAGGAAGCCAAGGAUGGUAAGGAUGGUAAGGAAGCCAAGGAUGCCAAGGAUGGUAAGGAAGCCAAUGGUGGAAAAGUUGCUUCACCAACUGCAGCGGAACCAGCAGCAGCAGGAGACACGACUGCUGCUAAAGACAUCACCAUUAAUGGUACCCCAGACUCAUCCGCUCAGGAGGCUCCUGCUGUAACUGAGGACCAGCCUGCCACAGAGCCCGAGUCCGAGCCAGCCAUCCAUGCAUGAUUGUGAUGGCAUAAGAUGGGAUUUUCUGCCUUUUUUCCUUAAAUUUUCUUAUAGUUUUAUUUUUACAUGAAUUAAAUCUUCUAUUGCUUACUAUGUUUGACCACGCCAUUCAUUACUAGAAUAAACAAGCUAGGUAGAUCACUUAAUGAUUUUGCAGUUUGGGCCGUCUGAACUGUAAAGCUAUCUUUUGUUAUCUUCAGGAUUUUUUUUGUGGGAAUAUGAGAUUGAAUUUUACCUCUUUUUUUUUUAAUCUUUGUACUUUUUCUAUUAUGUUUUGGAAUCUGACUAUUGGAACAGGAA